AUGCGGGGCAGCGCCCAGAUGGUGCCCGGGAGCCCCUGCGGGGUCCUCAGGAAACAGGUGCUCUGGGAAUGCUUCCUGCCGCCGGGUGCGGCGGGCGGGCAGGCGGGCGAGGUGGGCCUGAGCUCCACCACCGUCAGGCAGCCCGUCCAGCUGAGUGGAAGCCACGGCAGCGGUCACGGCAGCACUGGCCGCGGCUGGACCGGGCCCCACCGCCCGCGGGCCCGGCCUCCCCAGUCACAGGACUGCAGCCCUGGCUGGGGCCAGGCAUGGCGCCCGUGGAUGGCCCUCCAGCGGCAGACGCUCAGCCCUGUCCACACACCUCUUCCACAGACGCGGAAGCUUCUGCUCCUUGUUCAUCCUUGCUCGUCUGAUAAGAGGAAAACGCCAUCUCCCAGGCUGGCGGCAGCUCCAUCCCCCGCAUUGGGCAGGGACGUCAUCACCCACGCCGCCGGGAUGUCUGCCGGGCCCUGCAAGUCCAGCCUGUCCCCAGGCGUGGAGUCCCAGAGGGGUCCACGAGUCUGGAGCUGGGGCCUGACUCUGACGGAGACCAGGGUGGGGGCUCAGGCGCAAUCAUCACUCAACACGGAGAAGGUGGGCGUCCAUUCAUCUCCACCACAGCCAGCGGGGGACGCGCUGGCCCGGAACAGCACAGCCGAAUGUCCACGCCGGGACCAGCCCCAGAGCCAGCCCUCCGCCAGCGAGAGCCCGAGGAACAUGCCCGAACGGUCCUGUGCCCAGAGGGGGGCCUUUCUGAGCAUGCGUUGUGGAGCCUGCGCCGAAGGGAGCUUAUUCAACGCGUGUCAUCCAGGGUCUCCGUCCCCGGGAAAGGGCGCGUCGGGAGGACGGAAGGUUUCGUGGGCUCCAUUCCAGGUGGAGCUGGAGGCUCCUGAGAGAGAAGGGGCCCCCGCUCAGCUCCGGGUGGAGGACAACGCCAAGCGCUCACCAGGGCGCAGCCACGGCGCUCGGGUGCAACCCGUCCACCCAGUCCAGCCCUCGCAGCAAGGACCCCGUUGCGCGGGCUCCGCGCCCCCCAGCAGAGCACAGGGUCCCGCCCACAGGGGCUGCCGCUACGCGUCCACUGCCGCUUGUACUCAGGGGAUCGAGCCCGAAGGCCGUGUCCCUGAAGCCAGGCCCGCGGGGCCCCCGGACGCCCCCCGGAGAGGCGGGAGAGACCCGAGCUGA